AUGAGGUCUGAACCACCAGCAUACCAAACCGCACAAGCGCCUCCCAAGCAGCAUCAAGUAUCACGAGAUGAUGGAAGCAACCACCAACAUGAUGAGAGCAGCAAGUGCCAAAAGAAAGACCCUGCCGAUGAUCUGAUCUGUCCCAUCACCAGAGAGCUGCCGUGGGUUCCUGUCAAUGCUGCUGAUGGUCGAGCAUACGAAGAGGAGGCCAUCAAGAAGUACUUCAGCACACAACAUGCAAAGAGUGCUCCAAUCAGAUCACUAGUCACCAAUGAACCCAUGGGAGAAACCCUUAUACCUGCCCCUCACAUCAAAAGCUUGAUUGCGACUUUGAUAGAGAAUGAUGCAAUUCAAGGGGACGCGGCGCAAGCAUGGAACAAAAAAGCCAUGCUAGAAAAGGCCAAUGAAGGACUUGCCAUGCUGAAAGUGGCAGCAGGUUAUUGCAAUGGAGUGGAUGGCUUUGAAUGGGACCGACCCAAUGCCUACCAAUGGUACCAAAAGUCACAUGGUGCUGGCAGUGUCAAAGGAACAGCUCGUGUUGGGGAAUGCCUUGUGAAAGGCAUAGGUGUUCAGAUAUCAUUUACACUUGGCAUGAUGUACUUGGGCCAAACUGCAAAGGCAGGAUCUGAUCUUGCUGCAUAUUUGCUUGGACAUGCUUUCGCUGAGGGAAAAUAUGGCAUGCCUGUAAAUGAAGAGAAGCAAUUUUUUGGCUCCAGAAAUGCUUGGGGGCUUGUGCCUACUCACACAUGA